CGCGGAAUAUCGCGUUAUCUGCGCCAUUAGCAACCAGCAAGUACCUUGCCUUUAGUGUUUUGAUUAUGAACAAUUAAUGGAAUAUUGGAGUUAAACAACAGUCAUGGAUCAAAUUGGGACCCUAGAGUUAUCAACUGAAAACAUCAUUACGAAGAAACGGGCCAGGUGGGCUCAAGGUUACAACGGCAAAAAAGCCUGCUAUAUAGACAAGGACGUGAUCUGUUACCUCUGUGGAAAUAAUGUAAAAUUCAUUGCCGAAGAUGGUGCUGAAACGGUUUUCAAUUUCCCUGGGGAAGGUGUCGGGCCCUUCGAUGCUCAUUCCCUCAGCCAUUGCUUUGCAGUGGCCGAGCAGUGCCUCAAUCCUAAGAUUUACGUCUUUGUCUACCCAACAUUCAGACAGACGUCUGUUCUGCAAGGUGGGGCCAAGCUUGAAUACACAAAACUGUUUUUCUCCAGCAGUGACUACCUUUGCAGUUUGUCUGGAAUUCCAGAAUUUGACUUGACCUUAUGGAAUUACAACACGGGUUCAAAGUUGUGCACAUAUGCCCUGUCACGUGAGAACAUUCCAACAAGUCUUUCGUUUAACCCCGGAAACUGGAGACAGAUUUGCAUCACCUCAGAAAAACAUGUUACACUUUUGAAUAUAGAGCAGAGCAACACUUUAUUCGUCAUGCAACCUACUAUAAUUCAAUUUGGAGAGCGUCAUUGGCCAUAUGAUAGGAGGGUGAGACUUCCCCCAGCUGACCGUGAUGCAGAGGAAAUCACGGAAAAUGAGAGAGACAUUCCAACUCGAGCCUCCACUCGUAUGACUCGUUACACAAUAGACGUUCCAAAGGCGGCCAAGGCGGGUCUAGUGGGAGAGCUGGCAGAGAAACUCGAUGAGAUCCAGGACGAGACGGAGCGCGUGAAGCCGGUAUCCCAGGUCUGGACACCCAUUGGUGACUUGUACAUAGGCUGUGCUGGCGGCCAGAUUAUCAAGAUUGAUGGAGAGUCUCACCAGGGCAAGGUUAUCUACUACCCUCCCAAGAAGGCUAGAGUCCCUGACUCCAGAAUGUCCAGUGCUGGAAUACAUAGAGAGUCCAUGGUGGACAUACAGAUGACAGCCGAUGAUGACCUGGAUAAACUCAUGGUGGAAGAAAGUGUAGACUGUAUUGGCCUUCACAAGAGAGGAUUGUAUUGUGCUGGUCGGGACGGUGUGUUGCGACUGGUUGAUGUGAAAUCAAGGGAUGUCAGUGUGCUAGAAGUGUGUAAAAUUGGAGUACCAGUCACGUCUAUGGCCUUCUCUGCAAGCUAUCGCCACAUGGUCCUUGGCUCAGAAGCGGGCUCACUUCAUCUGUACGAGCCUGGAACACCUGAGAGCCUGCGACUCCUCAAGAACCUCCAUUAUGGAGUGUUUGUUGCCAUCUCCUGUCUCCCUGGAAAUGAACAUUGUGUGACGUGUAGAGAAAACGGUGAGAUCCAGGUGUGGACGAUUGAUAAAGGACAACUGGUGUCAUCCAUUUCUGUAGAUAUGCCUGCGUUCUCUAUGGCGUGUAGCCCUAUGCUGAACGUGUGUGCAGUGGGCACUGCAGGGGGAUACAUCUACUACCUUGACAUGAACGAUGUAGAGAAUCCCCGACUUGUUGAGAGGGUACGAGUGUACGAGGGCACUGUAACCCAUCUUGUAUACCAGGAAACUGGCAUGUAUCUGCUGUCUGUCUCAGAAGAUGGUCAUGUGUUUCUAAUAGACGGUCGGGCGUCUAAGAACUUCAAACCCCUGGCACACACUGGUAUGAAGGGUGAGGUGCAGUCCCUUUCGUCCUACACAGACUCUACCGGAGCAGUUCAUGUUGUAGUCACCCACAACACGUCUGGCAAUAAACGCAGCGGUGCGACACACAUGACAACAUUCUCUGUUACGGAGGAAACUAUGAGAGAUCUGCGUUACAACUGUCAUAGUCUGAAAUAUGAUUUCAAAGACAAGUCGAUCAGUAAGGUGUCCCUGAACAUGGCCAUACCGUCGUACGGUUCUGCUGUCACGGAGGGUGGCACGGUGUACACGCUGGCCCAGACCAACAAGAAGGUUCAUCAGCACAAGCUGCCAAGGAAGGAGGACCUGCCCCCAGAGAAGGAGCUGGAGAAGAUCCGGAUGGAGCCGGAUGCAGAGUUUCCGGGUCAUCAGCUGCCCGGAGGUCAAGUGCUGCUCUCCCCGCACCACAAGUGGCUCGCUACAUACGGGACUGAUGGAACACUCAUGCUGCGCACCAUUGGACAAAUGGACAAGACGGUGAGCGUGACCCCCCAUGACUACAGGAUUGGUGGGGUCAAGGUUGUGGCCUUUGCUGAGGACAGUCAGAACAUCUUCACCACAGGCUAUGAUGGGGUGCUCACCUGCUACACUUGGAACUACACGCCGACCGGGCUGGGCAAGGCCAAGUCUGCGAUGGAGGCAGCGAGAGCCAAGAAGUCUAAGCUGAUGACGUCACAGAUGGAGGAGAAUGAGCACAUCGUCGGCAUGCAGGAGUGGACCCCAGAUCGGGAAUCUCGCCCGAUGUCUGAGAGACCUGUGACCACUAAUAGGGAGGCAAAGGAGAAAAUGAAGCGAGAUGAGGCGUUAGAGAGAGAUGAAAUCUAUCAGACCCCCACCCCAACCCCUGAAGAUAAUUCUACUUGGCUGCAAAAUCAAGAACUUGAGGCAUUCAAGGAAGAGGACAAACAGUAUGCAGAGAUCAAGAAGAAUCUUCGGGUGUCCAUCAGAGACAUGAGACGCACUCUGCAGAGCAUGUUGCAUAGCAACGCCACUCUGCCAGAGCUGGAGAGAUUGAAUCGUCACGAGUUUGACCUUGACAUUGAGGAGCAGAUGCGUCUACAGGGGGAGGCAGACCAGGAAGUGGAACGAGUUCGAGAAGAGAUUGAGUUUGAGAACCUGGCCAAGAUGUACCUGCGAGAGAUGAUCAAACGAGAGUGCUGGGACGAAAUGGUCGUCAAAGGCCGUGCUGUACAGGCAUUUAAUUCAAAUCUUGAAGUGAGCAAUUUCCCGAUGCGUGAGAGGCACAAACAAUUCCUCAAAAUGCUUGAGACUGUGAAAAAGCGCAGAGCUAUUGAAAUUGCAGAGUCAAAGGCGAGAACAGAAAUAUUAGAAUUACCGCAGAAGGCUGCUCCCACCACAGCCUUAUUUCUUAGUAUGUUACAACAACAACGAUAUGGAUAUGGCUAUGGAUUUGAUGAGGAGGGUGGCGAGGGGGAGGAUGACGAUGGCAGAGAGCAACCAUCCACAACAGGCAGUCUCGGAAUGCGAAACACGGUUUCUGGAAAAUUUCAAGUGGAAUGUUUAACGGGGGCACAGUAUGGUGGGGGUAGUGACCUCUUCUACAGCCAGUUUGAGCUGCACGCCCGGGAGCAGAAGGUCAACCAGAUUGUGCUACUUGAGGAUGCCAUAUUCCGGGUCAAGCAGGUGUUUAACAAGGAAUUUGAUGAACUCUUCAUCAAGAAAGAGCAGGAGAUAGGGAAGAUCGCGGAGAAGAACAAACGCAUCAAGAAGAUAAUUGCUGACCUUGAAUUCGUUGAGGAUGUCAUCGAACCGUCCCUGACAAUUGCAGAGAAACCUGAGAUGAUGUUAACUGUAAAUGAUGAUGAGGUCAAAGUGGAGAAGUUCUACACGCCUGAGCAGCGUAAGAUAAUGGAGAAGAAGCAGAAGGAAGAAGAAGAAAGGCGCGCACGUGAGCGAGGUGAUAACGCACGUGAGAGGGCGCUCAACGAGAUGAUGGGUGGAGUGCUGGAGGUCAAGAAAGAAGACGAGUUGAAGAAGGACAUCCCCAGACCGUCUUUCAUCACCACCAAGGCCGAGGCUGAAUGGAGUGAAGACGAACAGAAGAUCGCUAAAGAUUAUGAGAGGAGAGUGAAAGAACUGCAGGAAGAGAGGGAGAAAUACAGAAAGCAACUGGAGACAGAGCUGCGCAAGAACCAGAGCAUUAUCCAAGAGGGUAUGGCCGCCUUCGAUGAAAUGCUGAACACAGUCUUCAUGAAGAAGAUCAAGGUCAUGAUGGUCAUCUACCAGGAGGAAUUGAAAAUUCUGCGCCUGCGCUACUCUCUCCUUAUUGAAGAGGAACUAGAAACAAGAGAGAACGAACUGAAUAGGCUUCUAGAGCACAAGACUGCCAUGAAGGCUAAGGCAGCCCAAACAUUGAUGGAGACAAACAAGAGUGUGAGUGCCUACCGAGACACGUACGACAUAUACCUGGCGGAGGACAAGGUGAUGGACAAACAGUUCAAGAAGGAGUUCCAGGAUGUCUCUGCCCUGCAGCAGGACCAGCUCUACAGGUUCUUCAAGAAGAGGCCCAGGGCAUUGAAGAUCACACGAGCGGAGGGAGAUGCCUCAACAUUGCCCAACCCUUUCGCGGACCGUCCAUCCACUGCACGACAGAAUGCGCAGGCUGACCAGUACAUGGCCAAUCAAAUGGCGGACCUGGACAAGUUGUCCAACUGUCCGGAGGGGGUUGAGCCACUUGUCUGGGAUAGGCUGUGUAGAUACCGCAUGGAGAAAGUGAAAAGUGAAAACAAGGUGAAGGUCAGUGCACAAAUCUUAGCAGAGAUGACCUCAUUCUAUCAAAAACGCCAAGAGCAAGAGGAACAGUAUAAAAAGGAUAUAGACAACAUACAGGACCAGCUAUCAAGAUUACGGGAGGAUCGAAACCGGUUUAACCUGAACCUGGAGGUUCAAUUGCUGCUCAAGCAGGGCCAGGUGGAGGUGGAUGCAGGCUCGUUCAUUCAGGAGUACAAGGACAGCGCACUCAUUCACCGCAGCGUGGUCGAGGAACUCAACAAUAACAUACAGCAACUGGGUGAGAGCAAGAUCGCCAGCAUGGUGGAAAGCAAAGACUUCAGGAAGGGAAUCAUCCAGCUGGAAUGGGAGCAUAAGAAGAUGUUGAUGCAGGUUGAGGAUCUACAGAACAAGAUGAAGGACGUUCAGUUCAUCAAGGUCACAAGAGAAAUACAGCUGUUCCUGAAUGCCCCGGACUAUGAGGGUCGCAAACAGGGUGAAGUUGGCAAGCUGGAGCAGACUAUUCUCCAACAGAAACAGAUCCAUGAGAAGAAUCUCUCGGAGCGUAAGAAGGCGUUAAAGGAACUGGAGCGCACGAUCAAACAGAAAGAGAACGAUAAUGAGCAGCUCCUUAAACAGCUGGAGGACCUCAAUGUCUCAGUGCACGAGCGAAAACACAUCGAGCAGGUCAACGCUGACAAGCAAAAGGACUCAGGUGCAGAGAAGCGCUAUCAGGAGAUCGUUCAGCGGCGCAAGCUCGUGGACCUGGCCAAGGCGCAGGCUCAGGAAGUGGCGGUGCUGCGCGCAGAGGUGGAGAGGCUGAGGAUGCGUACAUUCCCGGCUCUCGUGCAGGUGGAGCACUAGGGAUUGAACUUUUGACCCCUUGUUCUUUUCUGGAGGGAAACUUGUUUAAGGAUAAUGUGGAUAAUUUUGAAGCUUUUUCAUUUGAUUAUGUUGAUGAAAAUAGAAAUUAAAGGGAUACAUGUAUAGUG